UAUCGCCGUCUAUCGUGUUUUCCGGGGUUUCGUCUUGAAACGGGAUUUCAUCGAGAAAUUACGGGAAGUUUUGUGAAAACUUAGGAAAAACUUUUGAAACUUUUGUUUACAUACGAUCCAAGUGAACUAGCGUGACACCGUGUCUCAAAAUUGAGCUGUUGAUUGUUGAAGCAUCUGUCACCUCAAGGAUGACAACAAUAAAACUGAAGAGUGACGAGGAAACAAGUGAUGAAACAAUGUUACAAAUGGAUGUAGAACAGAUAGCGGUACCAACCCUCCUUACAGAGUCAGAAGCGCAAUAUGAAGAUGAAGAACCGAUGGCAAAGAGACAGAGAACAGAAGAAGCUGAAACAAUAACAAUGGAUGACAGUGUUAAGACGAUUCUUUUCAACAUAAACAAAGCCAUCUCGUUUCGGCUGGACAGUGUGGAGCGCAAGUUAACUAAUCUACACAACACCUGCUAUAAGAUGGGACGCAAGAUGGACAACCUUAACUUAUCUGUCAUAAGAGCGCUAUCAAGAAUCAAAGAACUGGAGAAAACAACUGAAAAUGGUUGUGCUUCACCUAAUAAUACAGUCGUCAUUGGUUUUCCUCCAGAAGACCACGACCAGAGUCCAUCCAACCCACAGUCACCGAUUUCACAGAGCAUCAGUCGGAAUGUCACACUAAUAACUCUAAACACAGAAGAUGACUUUCCAAAUGGUAGUUGGCUUGGCGAUGAAACAAACAUGGAGUGCAGAGUGCGAUGCGGAAUCUCACAGUCUGACAUGUUGCAUGUAAUGCAAACUGCCAAAACACCAGAGAAGUGUGCCCUUAAGUUGCUGGACUACCUUUUUGAUAGAGAGACGCAAGCUUCAUCGAACCUGUCUGGCACUGGAAAGCAUGGCAAGAAACAGUUAAACCCACUUAUGAUUUAUGGACUAAGAUGUCACCUUAUCAAGCAUUUUGACAUCACCGAUUGUGAAUGGCAUCGGAUCAGAAUGAAUAUUGAUUCAAAGUGUCGCACAGCAUUCCGACGUAAGCAGCGUGGCCUUCCAAUGACCGUUAAAGCAUUCGGGUAUAAGACAGGCAACAGUGAUGCCGAUCAAUUUCUAAAUGAAAGGUUUGGAGAACGAGUCGACCAUACAACUGAUUCUCGCAGCUCAGAAGAAGAAGUUCAAGGGGUGCAUAUUCAACUACCCGCCGAUUCUAAUAUAUCGGAUAUAGCUCAUGAGGUUGAGCAUCAUCAUCAUCAGCAAGACAGCAACACUGUCAUUAAGAAGGUGAGGAUUGAACAAGAUGGCGUACCACUCCACGAGGGCCAGAUCAAUAUAACCCAAUCAGGAGAAAUUCAAAUAGCAGUCAUGGAGGAAUUAGAAGGAGCUACGACGUUAGUCUUACAGCAGCAAAGGGGGGACUCAUAGAGAACCAAGACAUGUGUCAUUAGGACGGAGGACGUAGUACCUAGUAGUGAUUAUACCUAGGGUAGUGGCCGGCUAUUUUUGAAACUAUUGGCACGGUUCCUACUUCCUUGGUAUGUAAUAGGAAUUUUGUAAUAGGAAUUUUGACGUCAGAAAUUCGCAACGAAAAGCUUGCAUCAGUUGACUUGUGCUCAACUCCUGCGGAACAUUCACUGCGAAAACUGCCUUGUGACGUCAAAAUUCGUCCUCACAAACACAGGAAGUAUGAAUAAGGCUUUUGAGUGGCUGAUGAUGCUUGAAGGAGUUGCUUGCUGUCAGGGCCCAAUUUCAAAGAGCUACUUUAGCACAAGCUCAGCACAACACAAUUAUGCUUACCAGAGUAUGGUUA